AUGGAGCAGGUUCAUGGCGUUGAUGUCAGCUGGAUGACCCAUGGUGCUUCCAAAGACAAACCAGCUAGAAAUUCACCCCCGACAAAAACCCCCUCGGCCGCUCUACCAAGACAGAUCCCCGGCGCAAACUCAAGACCGAAGUCGCCGGCUUCGGCUCCAGCAGACAAUGCCUCCGUAGACUCUAGCACUUCGACCAAUGGCCAGACCACAACAAACACAAACGGCUCUUCCGCCCCGAAGCGAAUCUCGCGCUCGAACUCUAUAGAUAAACAGACUCCUCCUGGUACUUCACCUCACCGUCGCAAUUCAUGGUUCUCCAAUAUCUCCGCCAAAUUUUCUUCCUCUAGUACACCACCAGCCGGUCCUCCGUCCCCAGCUGCUAUACCAGAAUCGUCGCCGGCGCCGGCGCCAGAGCCUGUUCCUCCCAAGUUACCGCAUACGAAGAACGCUGUGCUGCCACAUGCUUCGAAACCUGAUGGCGACGGGCCUUACAUACCUGCUCCACCCAAGAGCGGACAACCUGGGUUUUUGGGAAUGUUCCGCCGACUUUCUUCAUCCAACGGAACUCUCACACAAAGCGGGAAGCUCGGACAUGGUCUCGUUGACAGGGUAGUGUUAAAUGUCGAUCAAAGUCGAGAAAGAUGUCCUAUAUCAGAACUCUCGUGUGCGAAAUUAAAACGAGUCGCGUUCUGUGUAGACGUUGAGAUUGCGCCUCAGCCCAGAUAUGCCGACGGUGAUUCUCAACUGCCUAAAACAACCGACAAAACACAAAAGAAGAAGUUGACCGAGAAAGGCGAGGGCGAAGCUCUCAAAAACCCAAAGGCUGUGGAAGAGCAGAAGGAAACCAAUGGAGAAGUUAAGACUGCAGCUGAACCAUUGCCUAAGGAACCUGAAAAUGAGGGUUCCGAAGUUGCUCAACAAAUAACGGAUCCUGCGAACGGUAGCCCAACCCCAACCCCUUUGCCAGAGAAAAAGGAGGAAAGCACCAAGAAGAAGGAGAAGAAGAAGAAGAGCGAGGAAGAACGCAAGGCCAGAAAAGAGAAGAAACGAAAACUUGCCGAGGCGAACGGAUCCAUCCCCAUGGAACUUCAUUUUGAUAGCAGUGAUGACUCGAGCACAACAAAAACGCCACCCAGCGUCCCCGAGCCCACCAAACCACAGACAGCACCUACUACGAAUCCCGUCCGCGUGUACCGAAGAUGUUGUCAACUACGCGAAACACCGAUUCUCAAGAAAAUUACCGAGCAGCUCACUGACACCGCCAACUAUAAUGCCUUGACCGGCACAGUAAACAAGCUUGAUCUGACUGAUUACUGGCUCCAGCUACCUGAUCUUAUUACUCUAGGAGAUUACCUGGCUAUUGUUCCGGUUAGAGAAAUCCUUCUAGAAAACAGUGGACUGGGCGAUGAGGGCCUCCGCGUUAUCCUAGCCGGUCUACUUGCGGCCAAGCGACCCAUCAUAAAGCGACGAAAACUCAAGCAUGAUGAUGAAGUGCAAGGUGGUGUGGUGGAGCGACUUGUCCUGAAGAACAAUAAGAUCGGACCUGACGGAUGGAAAUAUGUUUCAUUGUUCAGCUACCUAUGCCGAUCACUCAAAUAUCUCGACCUCUCACAAAUCCCAUUCCCGCGCCAACCCCAAGCUCAACAGAACGGUUCGCUUCACAAUGGAGCUCAAAUACCUCGAGGUAUAUCGAACAUAUUUUCCAAGGCUUUAGGGGAACGGCUGGGAGGGUCUACGCUCGAAUUGGUCAACAUUGGCCAGACUGGUCUGAGCAUGGAGCAGCUUGGAUCGGUUGUUGAUGGUUUGAUACAGUGCGGCGUGAAACGACUCGGUUUGUCGCACAACCAGAUAGAUGCGGAGGGCAUGAAGCAUGUCGUCAGGUUUCUCACCGAAGGCCACUGUGAGGGUCUGGAUCUGGGCGGCAACGAUAUCAGUCAACACACCGAAGCGCUCGCAACGGCAAUCGAGAACGACACAACACUGUGGGGACUGGGCAUGGCUGACUGUAACUUGACACCCUCAGCGCUUUGCAAGAUCUUACCUGUGAUGGUCAAGCUACCUAACUUGCGGUUCUUUGAUUUGUCACAGAACCCAGCUUUGUUCCAGUCAACCCCCAGUGCUGUUGGUCUGUUAAGAAGAUAUCUGCCCAAGAUGAAGGUAUUGAAACGUAUGCAUCUAGAAGAUGAUGCGAUGACGCCAGAACAAGCAAUCGCAAUAGUGGAAGUGCUCCCUGAAGUACGAACACUGGCUCACAUCAACAUCACCAACAACACCGAGAUUGUCAAACUUGCCGAUGCGAAAACCGAGGAGGCGCAGGAGGAGGCGUGUGCCUUGUACGCUUCUCUUCUUGCUGCAGCUCGUGUUUCUAAGAGCCUCAUUUGUGUGGAUGUUGAGGUGCCCAGCGAAAACGCAGGAGAGAUCGUCAAGGCCAUGGCCAAGCAGGUUGUUGCCUACUGCCUGCGCAACAUGGAACGACUUCCUGAUACCGACGUUGGUGCGGUCAUGGCAUCGACACUGGCCGAGAACAAUCUAGAUGCCAACGAUGCUAAACUGCCACCCUAUCCUGAUGUUCUUGCACAUCUUGUUGGACACGACGUGUUGGAUCAGGAUGAAAGCGAGGACGAUAAUGCUUCAGCACCUGACGAAGACUAUGUCAUUGGAGGCACUGGUGUGGUCAAGGCGCUUGCUUGCUGUCUGAAGAACCGUGGUGACGAGUCGCGCAGACAAUCUGGCGAGUUCAUUCGUGAGAUUGAGAACGGAGCCCCAAGCCCGGCAGCAAACUUUUCAACAGGUGGAAAGGCCAAGGAUAUGUCGAAGCACUUGCUGAUGGGAGCUCGCAAGAUUCGCCUACGUCUUCAGCCAGCGCUUAUCAAGGCGAGGGCUAACCCUGAUGACGAUCAUAACCUACGAAGGUUGACGUUCCUAGACGACACUCUGCAGGGUAUUAUCAAGCGAUUCGAGGACGAGUACCCAGAUACUCGUGAAGAUACAGCUCUACCUAGACGUCCACGUGCAGGCACGAGAACCGAGGAGUUGCCUGUUACGUUGCCAUUGGAGGAUUCUGCGAUGGCUCUAUCAGAUAACGAAGAUGACGGUGAGAUCAAGGCAGGUAAGCCACUCUCGAGAUCCAACUCGAUGGCCAAGAUCUUGGUUGAGGAAGAAGGUCGAAUCCUUCGUGCUGGCCAUCGAUUCCGAGUAGGCUUCAUCAAGCAGGAGCAGAUUGACUUGCUCAGCACGAUCGAUGACAUCGGCUCCGAUCCUAAGCAUGUUCGGAUGCUUACCGAAAUGGCCGAGGAUAUUGGCGGAGAAAUUCUGGAACUUGUCAGGCAGAAGGGACCUGUGAGAGCAUUUAAGGAAGACCGGGACAUUGCGCUGAAGUGUAUGGCGGCAAGCGACCCGGAGCACUGGGAGCGGUUUGUCGAUGCGCAACAAAAGUCCCGUGCCAAUAUUAGCAUCCCGCCAGCAGCGAAGCAAGGGCAGGUGGCGGACGAAAGUGCAGUUACCGAUUGA